GGAAUUUAUGAAAUUGGUUAACAGCAGUGCAACGAAAGAAUGAAUUAAGUACUUUAUUACAGCUGGCUACGUUACUGAGGACCGCUACAGUCUUCAAGGUUUGAGCAAGGAUGCAAGCCAAAGAAGCGAUGAGGAGGAACUUGAGCAAACAGUAGAGGCGAAUCUGGUUGGGAUCACCCAUGACCUCAUGAUUGCUAUCAGCUUUGUAAAACAAAACAAGGAAAAGGCCUUGAUAUGCGUGAUUCUGUCUGCUUCACUGGCUUUGAUUCUACUUCUUAUCGCCUGUAUCCUACAGCAGUUUUGCGGAGGACGACAGAAGGACAAGCGAGUACCAUAUUCCAUAGAACGAAGUCAGCUGAUUGCGAAGAGUAAUCCAAUUCUUAACGGACCACCAUCGCUAAUGGAGAUGGGUGAUUUUGAGUCGGAGACGUUCCUUCGCUAUUCACUGUCAACUCCACCCCGCUCAGCGCACUACGACUUCUAG